AUGAUAAGGUAUUGGAUAUCAAGCAAUAACCAUGAAAAGGCUUUAUCUCAAUUGCUCUCCACUAUUUCUUCACAGAAGGUGACGUAUAUAAAUACUACGACACCCGAACUUCUUUUAAACAUUGCUGAUCCAACAUUGUAUGAUUCAAUCAAUUAUGAACAUGUAAUUGACUUGCAAGCGCUCUUACAAGUACAGUUGAGUUCAGUAGUUGUUAUUGAAAACUUAUCAAGCUUAUACCAAGGUCAAAUCGUUAACAACGAUAAAGUGAGUUUUUUCAUUAGUGAAAUCUUGCAAAAAAUUGAAAAUGAUGAAAAAGUAGAUGAGUUUUAUUUAAUUGAUGUACGCAGGAGCAGGUUUAUCGAGGUGAUGUGUGAUGAAGUUUGUGUGUUUUAA